AUGUCCUGGGCUCCUGUCCUGCUGGCGCUCCUCGCCCACUGCUCAGGUUGUGGCCCUCAUCCGGUGCUGAAUCAGCCACCAUCUGUGUCCUCAUCCCUUGGAACCACAGUCCACCUGGCCUGCACCAUGAGCAGCGACCAUGAUGUCGGCAUUUACAACAUCUACUGGUACCAGCAGAGGCCCGGCCACCCUCCAAGAUUCUUGCUGAGAUAUUUUUCCCACUCAGACAAGAGCCAGGGCCCCAAGAUCCCUCCUCGCUUCUCUGGAUCCAAAGACUUGGCAAAGAACACGGGGUAUUUGAGUAUCUCUGAGCUGCAGUAUGAGGAUGAGGCUGUGUACUUCUGUGCUGUGGCGGCCCAGAACUUGGACAGGGAGAUGGACAGGGAAAGGAGGGAAGAAAAGCAGCCUGCUCCUUCAGGGCCCCAGGCACCCCAGGACACGCUUACCAUGAACUAA